AUGCCGCCGCUGCACAUUGAAGAUCAAUGGGCAGGCAUUGCUGCUGCGAGGCUUUCUUACCUCUGCCUUUGCCUGUCGUCGUCGCCUGGUCAUCGUCUCAUCAACUUUUACGCUGAGGGUGCCGGCAAUAGAGCGCAGCUGGAAGUGCCGGCAAUCGUUCUUGCGUGCAGUCUUAGCGUUGCUGGUAAGCCUGGAUAUCCUGUAGUGGAUCAUUUUGCGCUGGAUUGUGACGAAAAGUACUGUACGCGUCUCGAAAUGUACAAAUCGCGGACCACUUCAACUUGCCGGCCCGGCGCAGGCCUCGGCGCCGUGUUCACGCGAUGGCGUUCGUUGAUGCACUGGGGCACAUGGCGUUCUCGAGGGCCAGGCCCCGCCACGCUCGUUCGCUCGUGCGAUCAGAACCUCGCUCCGGGAAUUGCCGGCGUUGCCGGCACCGGCACGAUGCGGCGCGAGGUGCCGCUCGACGCUCGACGGCCGGAGUCGGAGCCGCGGCAAGACUGGCAAGAAUUCUUUCGCCGCAGCAGUCCGUCGCACGAGAGCACGAAGAGCUCCGCUAAAUCGUGGCCGGCGUGGCGAGGGACCUGCUUUGCGACACCGGGCUUGGAUACAGAGGCCGGACAUGCAAUGCGAGCACGCGCGUGCGACCGCGGACAUCAUGCCGGCGCGAGGCCCGGCCUGAUGAAGGUUGCACCCGCUCCCUCCAGUCUGGAGUCCAGACGGCCGCGCGACGAGCAGCUAGCACAACGCGGCAAUGCCGACGACGCUCGCUCGCAGUCGCGAAAAAUGCGCGUCGCCAUUAGCCAACGUGAGGUCAGUGUCCUCACGUCCGAGCCUGUCCAGGCUGGACAAAAGCAGCGACUGACGGACUGCCUUGUCUUGUGGAUUCCGUCACCUGGCGUUGCCAAACUUGUCGCGCUGGUGACCGACUUGGACUCAUGUUGCCGGCAAAGCGAUCACCAGUAA